GGUGUUUUCGGUGGAUCAGGAGGUCCUGAACUCUCUUCACGCUCAUCUCAUGGAGAUGAGGAGCUGCCAAGGCUCCAAGCAGUGCAACCCUCGUCCUAAAGGCUUGGAAACAGGAGGUAAAGAUGGAGGAAGCUAUGAGCCACACAGCACACAGCCGGAAUGGGACGGACGACAGGGUUAAGCUGCCCAAUCUGACAGACGAGGAGGUGAACUGGCAGGCGCUGGAGGACUUGUAUAGCAUAAACGAAAGCCUGUAUGAAUGUAGGCCUGACUACAGCCCCAGCCCAGACAACUGGGCCAACUUCCAGAAGGACGCAGAUAAAAUGUUUGCACUGAGACACGUUUUAAACAAAAACAACCGAACCCAAAAGCUUGACAACUCCACCCUGCCAGAGCUGGGCUCUGGGGCCGGGGGUGGAGGCCUCGAAGACGGCAGCGGAGAAGAGCUGGCCUCUACCAGUGUCGACUGGCCGGACCCGGUCGCCACCCCCGUCCCCAGCAGAACGCCUCCGGCACCACCCACGCCGGGAGAGAAACUGCAUCCCGUUGUGAACGACCUGCCUGAGCGCACCGAGGGCAGACUCGGGGCGUGGUCGGGUAGAGGCGAGGUUGCCUUCGGGAGCGACACGCGGCAGCUGGAGGAGAUGGAGGGAAUGUUCAGUGGGAAUGGAAUGACCGAGCUGGAGGCGCAGCACGACGGCAUCAUGCGCACGCACACCAGUCUGCAAGCCCAAUUAAAGCCCGAGCACGAAGGGGCCAAAACCCCACAUGGUCCUGGCUACAGGCUGGACCCUGAUGAAGAGGACAUUUUCCAGGCCCAAGUCUACAUCCCUCUCUCACCACAAAGUCUGAGGCUGAAGGUGCAGACUAGAAGCCCCGCCCCCACUCAGACUGUCGGGGUGACGCUGAACACCCCCACGAAGACGUCUCUGCCCCUCAGCUUGGACUGCGAGGGCAGCGGCUCUCAACCCUCCAGUCAGAUCCUCUGAGUCAGGCUGGACAGCUUCUGGUUGCCAUGGUGACACAGACACUGCCAUUAGAGAAGCUUUGCAGCAGCAGCGCCGCAGUCACUGCGAUUGUACAAGUAUUACAAUU